AUGGCUCUCAAUAAACUAAAGAAUAUACCUUCUUUAACAAACAGUUCUCAUAGCUCUAUUAACGGGAUUGCAUCCAGCGGUGCAAAUUCUAAACCAAGUGGAGCAGAUACGGAUGAUAUUGAUGAGAAUGAUGAAUCUGGGCAAAGCAUUCUAUUAAAUAUCAUUUCCCAAUUGAAGCCUGGUUGUGAUUUAUCAAGAAUCACUCUACCGACUUUCAUUCUGGAAAAAAAAUCGAUGUUGGAGAGAAUUACUAACCAAUUGCAAUUCCCAGAUGUUCUUUUAGAAGCACACUCCGACAAAAAUGGGCUACAAAGAUUCGUUAAAGUCGUAGCAUGGUAUCUAGCAGGUUGGCACAUUGGGCCCAGAGCUGUAAAGAAGCCCCUAAACCCAAUUCUUGGAGAACAUUUUACAGCUUAUUGGGAUUUACCUAACAAGCAACAGGCCUUUUAUAUUGCAGAACAAACGAGUCACCAUCCUCCUGAAUCUGCGUACUUUUACAUGAUUCCAGAAUCGAAUAUUAGAGUCGAUGGUGUUGUUGUGCCAAAAUCGAAAUUCUUAGGGAACUCAAGUGCUGCAAUGAUGGAGGGUUUGACUGUAUUGCAAUUCCUUGAUAUCAUGGACGCAAAAGGUAAACCAGAGAAAUAUACUCUCUCGCAACCAAAUGUUUACGCGAGGGGAAUUCUAUUUGGCAAGAUGAGAAUUGAACUGGGAGAUCACAUGAUCAUUACUGGUCCCAAUUAUCAAGUGGAUAUUGAGUUUAAAACAAAAGGCUUCAUUUCCGGUACUUAUGAUGCGAUUGAAGGUAUAAUUAAGGAUUACGAUGGUAAAGAAUACUACCAAAUUAGUGGUAAAUGGAAUGAUAUUAUAUAUAUCAAAGACUUGAGAGAAAAAAACUCCAAAAAGACUGUUCUCUUCGACACUCAUCAGCAUUUUCCCCUAGCUCCUAAAGUACGUCCAUUGGAGGAACAAGGAGAAUACGAAUCUAGAAGGCUUUGGAAGAAGGUCACAGAUGCGCUAGCUGUACGUGACCAUGAUAUAGCCACAGAAGAGAAGUUUCAAAUAGAAAACCAUCAAAGAGUGCUGGCCAAAAAAAGAACCGAGGACGGCGUCGAAUUUCAUCCAAAAUUAUUUAGAAGGGCAGAGCCAGGUGAAGAUUUGGAUUAUUAUGUUUACAAGCACAUCCCUGAAGGGACCGACAAGCAUGAAGAACAGAUCAGGAGCAUUUUGGAAACUGCCCCGAUUUUACCAGGGCAGGCAUUCACAGAAAAAUUCUCCAUUCCAGCUUAUAAAAAGCACGAAAUUCAAAAGAAUUAG